AUGGAGACAAGCAAGGGAAGUCGCAUCGUGGAGGCUGCCAAGGUUAUUCUCAAGAAGCAAGCGGCCCAUCGCAGCACGCUGCAGCGUCGUCUGAACAGCUCUAUCGCCCGUGAGAACGAAGUGUCGCUGGCUCAGCCGGUGCCCAACGAAUCUGCAAUUUGGGCUGCACAGCGCCUCAUCAACUUUGCCAACAUCGCCCCAGGGGACGUGGCGACUAUGGUGCGUCGUGCACUGCAGGAAUGCGUCCUCGAAGCAGUAAAGAAAAAAGCAGUAGACACUUGCAGCGACGACACCGUCAAGCAGCUCGAAGACUGCGUGCAGAGCUUCAAGGAGGAGGGAGAGGCCACUGACCUUACCAGGAUAGUGCGUCUUGCGUGGUUGGUGGAACAUGCGAGGCUGGCAAGGAAGGAAGAAUCGCAGCAGCAUAAAAAAAUAUCGCAGCUUCUCAGCGCGCCUUUCAUGGACGGUCACAUCAGGAUCGGAAUACGAGUCGUUACUCUUGCCUAUGCCGUCUCGCCAGACAGUAUAUUUGGCUACGUCGCCAUCGGGCUCAUGGGUCUCUCCGUCGCAGAGAUUGGCCGUGUGCCGAUGAAUCACCUGCAUUCCCUCGUGCAGAUGUUAAGCGUCAAAGACGGCAUGCAGGGCGUCCCAUCAAGCCUCAAAAUGGUACUCGGGGCGAUUGUACGGGUCUUCAUUCCUGCUGUCAAGACCGUCUUCAUAAAGAGCUUGCGCGACAACGCCGGUAAUGCGCUGCCAAUACUUGUGGACGACGGCGCCGUCAAGUUUCGCGUUGCCCACACAACGAACGCCACUGUGGGCCCCUUUCCAACCUACCUGAUUGACUUCGGGUACAAGGUCAAUAAGGAAAUGGCGCGUCACUCGAUCAUAGAGCUAUUCGGGACCCAUAAAGUCAUUGUCAAAUGCGAAGAGCACAGAUCAAUUCACGGCGGGAGCCCGGUCACGAGGGAGCUCCUUGACAAGGUGCUCCAGUACCAGACGCACUUUAGGCUUCGAAAGUCCGAAGGAGAAAGAGACAUUGAAGUGGGCAGUGAAAUCGAUGGAGCGGCGAAGGCGCUUUGGGAUGAGAUUCUACCGAGCGUGCAGAAAAUGGUAGCCGUCGCGCUCAUCCCACAGCUUGUUUCGAGCUCUUCCUUUGGAGCGCUGAUUCCGAUUCGCAAAGAGGACGUGCCAUUGUCGACUUCUAGGCGUACCGUUGUGGAACGUUGGUGA